UCUUUGACGAGAUAGACGAUUAUAUUACGGAUGAAAUUCAUAAUUAUCUUACGGACUUCUUUAAUACUGACCGUGGGCAUCAAGGAUGGUGUGAAGUGGCUCGAAGUAUAACAACAAUUUGUGAAGAAGAUUCCGAACAGUUAAAAGAUACGAAGGGACUAUUAAAGGGCUGUCCACUAAACCCGUUGAGAAAUAUUUCAACCUUAGAGAGACCACAUUUAAACCAAUUUGUUCACCCACUAAUUGAUAGCUCCUUGUGGAUUUUUGCAGGGAUAAAUUAUAUAUCUGGCGAAAUUCCUCUGAAGGGAAAAAUAAAAAGCAACGCGGACGGUAUUGGAUUUCUCAAUGAUGUUUCGGAUUAUCAAAUUGCUUGCAUGGAGGAGGCAAAGCCUGGAGCGAGAAAAAAAAAGAUUAUUGACGAUGACACAAAGAAUAUAAGAAAUAUGACGCAGUUAUUCAAUAAUAUAAUUGUAUCGGAGGCAACUGAACGACGACAGAUUUAUACAGAUCUCCGAACAUAUGGAGCCACAGCGUAUAAAACUGAGAUAUCUCUCACGAUGAUGGAUUUUCGCAUGUAUCGUUUAUUUGAGGUAGAUCGAUUUAGUCUCCCGAAGGAUUGGGUGGAUAUUCCUAAUUUCGUUUUUGUGUACGAAGCUUUGAUCAAAUGGGCAGUGUGUGCUCGUCAUACAAGAGAAGGGCUGAUUGCACAACGAAAGAAAGGGAGAAUAGGAAGAUAUUCCGAAGCAAGAAUCGUUAAAAAACUCAAUUGUUUAAAGUGGAUAAUAAUAAGUGGCAAAUCAUUACUUGGGUUAAAGCGUUACCGUAACAGAAAUUGUGAUACGAAUUCAAUACGUUCAUGGUCCAAUACGGUAAAUUUUGAUACUUACAUGUAUAUAGAUGGUAGAAAAUAUCACAAUAUCACAAACAACACAUCAACUUACGUUUUACCAAGUGAUUCUUUUGAAAUUAGAAGAGCUGAUGUCGCACACGAACUUUAUAAGCAACAUUGGGGAAGUAACUUUUCUUCUCCUGUAAAGGAGAAAUUAAAUUCUCCAAAAGGUGCAAAAGUGUUGGACUGCGGUUGCGGCUCAGGAAGAUGGUCAUAUGAAAUGGCGGUUAAAUAUCCAAAUUCAACAUUUGUGGGAUUAGAUAUGGUGCCAGUGUUUUCAAAUAAUGAUAAUGAUGACAAACCAUUAAACCUUGGGUUUUUUGAAUACAACAUAUGCAACGGAUUACCUUUUGAGGAUUCAACUUUUGAUUUUAUAUUUCAAAGGUCCAUGAUGAUAGCACUAAAUAAAUCUCAAUGGAAUACAAUGUUAAAUGAAUUCGCUAGAGCUAUGAAACCCGGUGGCUGGCUGGAAUUAAUGGAAAUACAAGUUAAUGAAAAUAAUUUGACUAGAACCGCCAGGAAAUUUCAAAACGCUCUCAAUAAAUACCAUCGAGCAAAUAACCAUUAUCUUUGUCACGACUUCCCGUUCUAUCAUCUAUUAAAGUCAACGAACAAAUUUACUUCAAUAAAAGUAAUAGAGAAGAAAGUUGCCGUGGGUAAAUGGGGAAAUGAUUUUGGAUUAGAGGUGGCCGACGUAUUAAUUGAAGUUUAUAGAAGCAUAAAACCAAAGGUAAAAAGAAUAAUGAACGUUACGGAUUCAGAAUAUGAUGAAUUACUACAAAAACUUUCUUCCGAA